CUCGUCCUCUGCAGCUACGCACCAGAGGCAGCUAGCAGCCUGAUCAACCCCUACUUAGGUCAUUUCAGCAUAUUGCUCUCCUUAGAUUCUACCUUCGUGGUCUCCGCAAAAAAAGAUGUCCUCUGCACCCCCAAAAGCCAAGAAACCUCGUACCAAACCACCGCGGAGCCGACCUGCAGCAACAUCUAGCAUUUCACAGCCUGCGGUAGCAAAACUACCAAAAGGCGUGCAGCCAGUAUACGAACUCGCAUCAAAAGCGAACGACCCAGAGGACUCCGAUGAGGAUGUUGCGGACGAGGACGCUGCACCUGCAGGAACGGACGAGCUCGGACCUGAUCCAGGUCCCUCAACCAAACGUUACAACGAGUCCGCAUCUCUCGCCGUCCGCACGGGUACUGAACUCGGUCAGGAUGCAUCCAUGGACGACGUCGAAGGGCGGAACAUGGACGGCGAACUCGACGUUGACCUCGCCGAGCUUAGCCUCGGUCAGCGACUCACAGCCGUGAGCGGCGCAGACGGCGCGGGGCGGUCAUCCGAGUCCAGCGACGAAGACGACUCGCCCGCAUCAGGGAGCGGGGCGCAGUCAACAAAACAGCGGAAACGCGACGCGGCAAACGGGGCGGUUCCCGCCGCGUCGCUGACCCGGACUCUCAUCCAGGCGUUGCAUUCGUCGGACGCCCGCCUCCUCGAAACAUGUCUUGCACACUCAGAGCCGACGCUCAUACGGAACACUGUGCGGAGGCUCCCGCCUCAGCUCGCGGUACCGUUGAUCACCGCGUGUGUGGAGCGGUUAGGGCGCGGGAGCAGGGGAGCAACUAUGAAGGGCAGAGGCGGUGGCGCGAGCUCGCAGAGAGGGACAGCUAUGAUCAAGUGGAUCAAGGCAGUUCUAGCAGCACACAGCGGGCACCUGAUGACGAUGCCGGACUUGGUAGCUCGUUUGUCCGGGCUGCAUGCUACCUUGAGCAUGCGGCUCACACUGCACGAGAGCCUCCUGGCGUUGAAUGGGCGGUUAGACAUGGUCAUCUCACAAAUUGAGAUGCGGUCAUCAGCUGGCCCCACGGAACUUCCAGGGCCUAAACGAGCGGGAAAGCACCGGCGGAGACGACCUGCUAAGAAGUACGUAGAGGGUGAGAGUGAAGCCGAGGAGGAGCAACCGGACGAGCAUAUGGACGUCGAAGUCGAGAGUGGCGAUGACGGCGGAAGCGUGGAGGACAUUGAGCUAGGCGGAGACGAUGAGGACGAAGAUGAAGAGGACGAAGAGUCGGACGAGGACGAGGGUGAAGAUGAGGACGAAGAGGAUGAGGAUGACGAGGAUGAUGAAGAGGACGACGGUCCGAAGUUGAACGGGUUUAUAGACGAUGAGGCAGAAGAGGAGUACAGCGAGGACGAAAGCGAUAACGAGAGUGAAUGAGGCACUCUCCUGUCCGCAUGCCAUUGUGCCAUUCAAUUCAUUUUUGGGGACGUUAGUGUGCAACUAGUGAACAGGCGUGAAUGUGCACAGGCAAGGUGUUGGACUUCGUCAACAAGUUUUGAGUUUAAAUGAUCGUCAUUGGAUACACCCGCCACCGGCAAACCCGCUAAUAGUAA